AUGCGGGCCACACUGACAAGACUCCCAGCGAUUCGUCCACGUGGCUUGGGAGCGUUCCCGGCAGCAGGCGCGACCAAGAGAUUGCCGACACGAUUGCCAGGUGAGGCGCAGCAGCCAUCCAGAAGGCGACAGCGUGCAAGGGUCGACGUCGUUUCCGCCCGAACUCUUGUUCUGGGAGCUGCCGAUCUUCCCCUUGGCGUCCCCCCCGGGUCGGUUCAUAUGCCCGUCCCAUGCUACUGUGUCGGAGGGCGAACCAGCAUGGGGUGGAAAACCCGGACGGUGAUACUGAGCUGUCCAGGUACCCAGUGCCUGGUGGCCUCGUCGGUCGUCGCCACCAUUCCCAGCGUCGGAAGCCCGAGCCGGAGGAUGAGCGACAAGGGGAGCACCUCGAGGUCGGCCGGCGGCACGGUAAGAGUAGAAGGUGCCUCCGCAGCCUCUCUUCGAUGUGCUCGAGACACCGGCCAGAUGGAAAGCGCACCGCACUGCCGAGCCGACGGAGACGGAGACGGACUCGAUGACGAGCCCCCAGAGGAUGUACAGCUUGGAUACAUGUCAGCCGGACCCGCGGUGCGUCCUCCAGAGCCUCCAGGAUUCAGGAGCCCCGUCGGCAACGGUAUAGCCAUCCUCGGAGGGCUCGAUAGGGUGUAG